CAUGGAAACCAGUUUCCGAGGAUGCUUAGUUGGUCGAGCAAUAAGGAGCGUCCUAUUUCGAAGGCCGACCUUGCACCGAUGUUCAAGAAGACGAGUGUAAGUUCUGCUAUAUUAUGUCAAAAUAGAGUAUUCUUUGGUGGUUUCAAACUGACUUAAUGCUUUGUAUUUGAUGCAGUUGAUUAUGUUGUCCAUGUUGAAGCCCCGGCCUUCGGAGAUAGAUUAUUAUAGCGCUCUGACGGAGGGUGAUGCUCCCUUGUAUCCCAGGUUGGGCCAAGAAGAAGAGGUAGAAACUCCCACUGAUUUUGAGAAGGUGGCGAAGAUAGCUGCUGAGGUUGCGAAGGCAGCAAAUAUUUUUGUUGAUGGCCCUGAUGAUGAGGAUACCCCAGUCCCCAUCGACCCCACACCCUCGGCCCCAGCCCCAUCGGUACACCCCAGUCCUGAUCAACCUGAUUUACGGGAGGUGUUGGAGAGGUUGGAGCGAGUCGAGAGUCGUCAGGAUACCAUCCUAGAGAACCAGGCGGUCAUCAUGGAUGCUGUCAAUAAGAUCUUGACAUUCGUACAAGAUCUUCCAAAUGAUUCUGAUUCUGAUUCCGACUCACUUGACCUCCCAGAUGAUUUUGUCUCACAUGACAUAGGCACUCCUCCCCCGAUAGUACUCACAGCAAAUCCUGAGACCCCAGGUGUUGCUAUUAUAGAACCUGGGGAUGUUGCUGGUGUAGAGUUUCAAUUGGCCAAGAGGAAAAGACGCAAACCUAAGAAAUUUGAAGACUACACCGACCCAACCAAAAAGAAAGCUCGUUUGGAUGCGAUUGAUGACGUGCCAUUAGUCCUCGACCCUCUAAAGAAGCCACUUGCUACACAGUACAGAACGGUCGGCAAGUGGUUGCUUGGAGAUAUUCCGAACAAGACGAAGAGGGAUGUCCAAUCUGGUGUGUAUGGUCCGAGUUGGUUUCUGACGAUGAAGACACCACAGUUUUGGAUCGAUGAUGGGCAUAUUGAUGCGGCCAUGCAUAUGCUACGUAGGCGUCGACAGUUCUAUCCCGGGGCGUAUCGGCAAGAUGGUGUUGUGAUGAAUAUUAUGUUCUCACAAGUGGUACCGGCCCGUUAUGAUGCAUAUCAGAAUGCCAAGGAAGCGGAUAAGAAAAGGUUUUUGUGGGAUUCAGAUGUGAUAUCAAUGAUUACGGGAAUUGACAAUCAAUUUCUGGCAUCGUGGAAGGGAGUAGACACUGUAUAUUGGUGCCAGAACUACCUUCAAGCGCAUUGGUUUGCAGUUGAAGCCUCCAUUUCUACUUGGACUCUGAAUGUUUAUGAUUCGGAUGUGACCGUGAUAAGUGAUAAACAACUGCAAUCUUUUAUGAAGUCAUGGUCUACUUUGUUCCCAUCGUUGUUAUUGCAGUCACAACUUUUCAAGGACGACCCUAGGUUGACGAUUCCACCUGGAGCUAAAAGAUGCAAAGAGUUCAAUGUGCACCGCAUGCCAGUUGAUUCAGUACCCCAAACCAAAGUCAGUGGAGAUUGUGGUGUGUACGCCAUCAAGCACAUCGAACACUUAUUGGGUAGGCUACCACUUGACACGAUUUGCGAUGACAACAUGGAGUUGUUCAGAAACAAAUGGACAGUUGACUUAUGGUAUCAGAAUGUUAGACAUUGAACAUUCUCAUGUUAUAUUUAUUUGCUUAAAAUGUAGAUUUUUAAGAAAUUUUUUUGAGUCGAGUAUCUUUUUAUUAA